UCAUGCAGGUGACAAUGAGAAUUAUCAGGCGCCAUAUAUAGCGUUGUCAGAAACAACCGCACAUGAUAUGGGGAAAGAAAUGUUUGGAAAUCAAAGAGAAAGGCACAAGGUGAACCAAUCAAAGCCUAGGCAGAAGAAGCAAUCUGCUUCCCAGGGGGCUGAGGUCCAUGAACUCCUGACCCCUCCAGAAGACUGUAAAGAUAAUAAGAAUAUUACGUGUCCAGUGUGUGAGAAAAUAUUCCAGUAUAGAUCACAGUUAAAUACACAUAGCAGAAGUCACACAGGAGAGAAACCGUACAAAUGCACAGAGUGUGGGAAGAGCUUCAGUACAAGCAGUUCCCUUACUGCACAUGGAAGAACCCACACAGGAGAGAAACCAUAUAAAUGCAUGGAGUGCGGAAAGAGCUUCAGCCAAAGAGGAAGUCUUAUUGCUCAUCAAAGAACCCAUACAGGGGAGAAGCCAUAUAAAUGCAUGGAGUGUGGAAAGAGUUUCAGUCAACUUGGACAUCUUAUUUCCCAUCAGAUAAUCCAUAAAGGCGAGAAACACUGUAACUCCGGACAGGUGGACUGUGGAAAGGGCCUCCAUGAUAGCAUAACCUUUACUGAACAUCAGAGAACCCGCACAGGAGAGAAGCAGUAUAAAUGUCUGGAGUGUGGGAAGAGCUUUGAUAUGAGAGGAACCCUUGCCAAACAUCAAAGAAUCCACACAGGGGAGAAACCAUAUAAAUGCAUGGAGUGCGGAAAGAGCUUUCGGGCAAGCUGGACCCUUUGUAUACAUAAGCGAAUCCACACAGGGGAGAAACCAUAUAAAUGCUUGAACUGUGGAAAGAGCUUCCGGGAUGGCGGAACUCUUGCCAAACAUCAAAGAAUCCACAAAGCGGAGGAAAGAUAUAUCUGCACAGACUGUGGAAACGUCUUUCGUGGGAGCGGUAGCCUUACUUUACAUCAAAGAGUCCACACAAGGGAGAAGCAGUGUGCUGGGUGGAACCUUUCCGAACAUCAAAUAAUCCACAUGCGAGAAACCAUGUAAAUUUAUGGAAUGUCAAAAUGCCUUCUAGUAUACAGUUACUGAUUCAUCCUUUUAUGCAUGAAAGCAUUAACCUGAGCCAGAAAAGAGCUCUAGUUAACCGCUCCCAGCAGCCAUUCUUUUUCCCUCUCUCUCUUUCUCUCCGACUUCCUGAAAACCACGUGAAUGAAUCUUUCUACAAGAGUUUUUUACAGUCCCCGUCUUCGCUAACACAAAGACUGCAUGGUUCCUUUUUUGUAACGAAACCAAUUUCUUUUCCUUUCAAACAGCUUGGAACCUUUUCUUCGUUGCUUUUACUGCCAUCGGAUGGAGACUUGUUUGCUGUAACUUCUGAAACUAGCCCAGAUGUUUUCAUGGGGAACAUUUGUUUAAAGGCAAAUGAGGGCAGAUGUAGAAUCUAACCAAAUUUUUAUGCGCUUGUUAAAAAGGUAAAGGUAAAGGGACCCCUGAUCAUUAGGUCCAGUUGUGGCCGACUCUGGGGCUGCGGCGCUCAUCUCGCUUUAUUGGCCAAGGGAGCUGGCGUACAGCUUCCGGGUCAUGUGGGCAGCAUGACUAAGCCGCUUCUGGCGAACCAGAGCAGUGCACUGAAACGCCAUUUACCUUCCCGCCCGAGCAGUACCUAUUUAUCUACUUGCAUUUUGACGUGCUCUCGAACUGCUAGGUUGGCAGGAGCUGGGACAGAGCAACGGGAGCUCACCCUGUCACGGGGAUUCGAACCGCCGACCUUCUGAUCGGCAUGUCCUAGGCUCUGUGGUUUAACCCACAGUGCCACCUGCGUCCAAUCGGCAAUUGUGCUAACUCUGUAUGAGAAAGUAAAGCUUUUUGUUCAAACCU